CCUUUGCAGUAGGCCCUUCAAGCUGCCAGGUCGACUGUAGGGAGCACUCCUCCGCCUUCCUUCGAUUGACAGGUCUGGGGCUCGGACAUGAGCUCCCAAGAGACCCCACAAGCUCGGAGAUUUCCAAUAGAGGCAGGAGAUUCUCCCAGCCUGGCAACGGCCCCCGAAACUCAGGAGCCCGUUGCCCCCGAGCGCGCUGCAACAAGGCAGCUGCGAAGAUGUCCAGGGUGCCACUGCCUGACCUUGCCCAAUGUCCCCAUUGAUGUCUACAUUGCCAUGGGUGGGAGCCACAGGCCACGAACUACCUGAAGACUCCCCCAGGUCGGCUCAAGUGCUGAGGCCACAGCGGCUGUCCCAGGAAACACACUGACAGCCAGACAACAGUGAAGCAAGCCACACAGAACAGUGACGCACAUUUUAAUAAAAGGACACCUUAAAAUGUU